GAGAAUCCAAGAGGUACCUUAAGACUAUGGAGGGAGGAGGGGAGAGGAAUCUGAGGAGGAGUGCUUCAGUGUCUCAGUUGGACAUGGGGUCUUUCUCUAGAGCCAGGACUAGAACAACCUGUACCAGCUUUGAACAAGACAAAGACUGUAUAGCAAUAUGGAUCAACUCCUUGGACAGCAUACAGAUUAGUAAAAUACUGGAUGGUAUUAUUAAAAGAUGUAAUUUGAAUCACUUGACUUUUUUAUGGACAGUUCUUGAAAGUGUUCCCCACCAUGAGUUCAUUUAUCACUUGAGGAGACAGUUCCCCUCUGUCCCUUUCCACGCACUAUCCACUCCUGUCAGUAGGCAUCUCAAAGAGAAAUUUGAAAUAUCUCGCAGGAAAGAAAAUAAAAUACUGUUUCGAGCUGAUAGUCUGGUUAUUAGUUCUGAUGUUACUAAAACUAUUGCUACUCAGUUAUUGUACGAGCCACUUCCUGAGCUCCGCCCAUCAACCGCACCUCACCUUGAGUGCGGGACAAGGAAAGGAUACCGAUUAAUUACCCCAACUCGUCGACACAUGGAGGGUCCUAUUGGUAGAGUAGGAACUCCAUCUUGUUACAGAAUAGUAUCAGCCACACCCACUGCCAAGGCUCCGCCCAUUGGAGCUCCCCCCAUUAGAACAAGAAGUACGUCCAAUAGUCCACGGUCCCCACCCAAUGUACCCUCACCACGGACCAAUGCACCCUAUCCACUGUCCAAUGUACCUUCACCACGGACCGGUGCACCCUAUCCACUGUCCCCUCACUUUCCUGGUCAGACUGAUGUACACUUGUUGUCAUUUUUCCACUGGUUUACUUCACUGGAGAAAGAUUGGCAGCAAAAGGAAAUCCUUCACUUGAUAGUUUGGUGUCUUGAAGAAAGAGAGUUAUACUACCUUGCUACACUGCUACUGUCUUGUCAAUAUCGUGAUUUCAUAUCUGAUUUACCAGCUGAUAUUGUGAGGUGUAUCCUCUCAUAUGUACCUUGUAAAGACCUACUGCUAGUGUGCAGGGUGUCUCAGGUUUGGAAUGAAAGAUGCUCUUGUAACAAACUCUGGAAGUACAAGUGUUCUCAAGUAUCACUAGGAGUGUCUCCCCUCUCCAGCCCCUUGUGGAAGAGAGUUUAUAUCAAUGACAUUAAGUUGAAGAGGAACUGGCGACUGGGCCGAUCUGUUGGGUGGAGCCUGGCCUCCCACAGCCACAGGGUCCUGUCAGUUUGUGUCAAAGAAGACACUCUCUGCAGUGGAAGCUCAGAUCAAACAAUAAGAGUCUGGUCUCUUAAAGAUGGGAAACUAUUGAACACUAUUUACACAAAUUCAAAGAACAUUUGGUGUUUGAGUUUUUAUGGGCUCAACUUUAUACUGAGUGGGUCUGGUGACUCCAUUGUGAGGAUAUGGCACUAUAGAACUGGAGUGUGUGAGAAGCACCUACAGGGACACACAGGGACAGUCUGGUCAUUAGCAAGAAAGAAAGACAUACUUCUAACCGGCUCACAUGAUAAAACCGCCAUCCUAUGGAACAUAAGACACUGCAAGCACGUGUCACAGCUAGUGGGACACAGUGGGGCCAUAUUCUCUGUUGAUCUUAAUGACUCUACCACUGAAGCAUACACUGCCAGUGGAGAUAAAACUGUGAGAAUAUGGAAUAUAUAUACACCAACUGAUCCACAGUGCAUUAGGAUCAUUAAUAUCAGUACACAUCAACCUGUGAUGAGUUUAAGCUACAGUGGGGGUAUGCUGGCAUGUUCUGCUGGCAGUUCAGUGAGUUUGUGGUCCGUUGCUAAGGGUGACAAAUUAAUUGAUUUUAAAGGGCAUCACGACAGAGUUGAAAGUGUUCAUUUAUUAACUGACGGUCCAAAUAUUAAUACUAUUAUAAGUGGUGGGCGGGAUGGAUUGAUAAAGUACUGGAAUAUUAACAGUGGACGUUGCAUUAGAACAUUAAGAAAUAAACCAGGCAGUGUCAUUAAUGACAUAUCAAGAGACAGUUCUCAUGUGGUGUAUGGUUGCGAUGAUCACUCUGUACAAGUCCUUCACUUUGAGCCUAACAUUGUAUCUGAACAUUAUCAAAGAGACAAAGGAACUGUACGCUCUAGUAGAAGAACAGUGAGCUCGUUAAAGAAAGGAACCAAUAGUCCAUUUAGUAAGAGAAAGACUAAUCAUUAAUGGACAAUAAUAACGAUAAUGUUUAUAACUAUACAAUUGUGUGUGUGUGUCUUUGUGUUAAUUGAUGUAUCCAUAAACUGA